UAAAUACGGAAGUGGCUGUAGAGAGCGGAGGUGUGCGUGUGUGAAUGUGUGUAUAGUGUGCAUGGUGUGUAUGGAUGCUGUGUGUUUAUAGUGUGUUUUUCUUAUCUGUUCGGGUGAUCGCUGGCGGUCAGAAUGAGCCGCUGAUCUCUGAAGGUAGUGUGGAGCUGGAGCGGCUGCAGUGAUGAUCCCCAUCCCGGUGGUGGUGUGUGUGAUGGGGGGCUGGUGCACUGUGUACCUGCUGGACACAGCGCUCAGGUCGUCCACGUCUAUGAAGAGCUCCUAUGAAUCAUGGCUGACCUCAAAUGGCCUCUCACUGUCCCCUUUUCACAUUCGAUGGCACACCAGUCUCUUCAACCGCCUUUUCGCCAGAUGUUCCCAUUUCAACCCAUGCUUUCUUUAUGUAUGGUUCAGUGCUGGGAUGGUGUUUGGGAUCGUGGCCAUGUUUGGUUCUGUAGUGCUACUGGGCCGAACUCUGAUGCAGACUCUGGCUCAUAUGAUGGCUGAGACUCCUGAGGGAACCCAUGAGCAGGUUCUGCAGGUUGUGGUGCCCGGUGUGAAUCUGCCUGUCAGCCAGCUGGCCUAUUUCUUCAUUGCUAUUCUGGUCAGUGGGCUCAUACAUGAGUUUGGCCAUGGUGUGGCAGCCCUGAGGGAGCAGGUGAGGCUUAACGGCUUUGGCAUGUUCAUGUUUGUAAUCUACCCUGGUGCCUUUGUGGACCUUUUCACUACCCACCUGAACCUCAUCUCUCCUGUGCAGCAGUUGCGCAUAUUUUGUGCUGGUGUAUGGCACAAUUUCAUGCUGUGUGUGGCUGCUGUGUGCUUCCUCUUGCUGCUACCCUUCCUGCUCUUCCCAUUCUACUACACCGGAGCAGGAGCACUGAUUACAGAAGUUGUGGAGGGCUCUCCAUCGAGUGGUCCGCGUGGGCUGUUUGUGGGGGAUUUGGUCACUCGGAUGGAGGACUGCAGUGUAAAGGGAGUGGAAGAUUGGCACUCCUGCAUCCAACAGCUCUCCCACCAGCCUCAGAGUGGCUACUGUGUCCCAACUGCAACCCUGCAGCUCAGCCGGGCAGCUGGCAGAGCGUAUAAGCGUCUUGACGGGACGAUGGAGUGUUGCAGCAAUAGCAGUAUGACUGAUCUUUGCUUUGCUUACAGCAAUAAUCUGGAGAGCAGGCUGUUUGCCUGCCUCCCGGCUAGAAAGACCAUCGAAGCGAGUCGCACAUGUCGAACCAACGCAGACUGCCAGGUGGACUUCAGCCCCAGUCUGUGCGUAAUCCCCUCACUGGAGAACCAGACGCGGCUGAUACGGGUUAAGCAUCCUCCUCAGGCAGACAUGCUGUUUGUGGGCUAUCCCUCACACCUCCAAUUCUCAGUAAGCCUGACCAACUUUGUACCUCGCCUGGGCUUUCUUCACCUGGAUCUGCCUGUGAUGCUGGAGACCCUGAGCAAGUACCUUGUGUCAUUGUCUGGUGCUCUGGCAGUGGUGAACGCAGUGCCCUGUUUUGCUCUGGAUGGACAGUGGAUGCUGACCGCCUUCCUGGAGGCCACACUGUGCUCACUGAUCCCAGAAAAGAGUAAUCGUGAACUACUGGGCUUCUUCAUCCUGCUAGGGGGCAGCACUUUACUAGCUGCAAACGUGGCUUUAGGCUUAUGGAUGGUCACAGCACGAUAACAGACAGUUGCCUCCUCUUAAUGGAGGAGGGGGUUUCGUUUAGUCAUUUUAGAAUUCACGUUCUCAAAGGAGAGAAGCGUGAGUUGCCAGAUUGGCAAGACUGCAACUCCCAGCAUGCAACAGCAGUAAAGUAAACCUGGUGGAAGGAAAGAUGCAGUGAAGGAGCAGUUGUGGUUGAGUUGUGAUUGGAAACACACUGGAUAUGUUCACAUGUAUGAGAAAAGUUUAGAGAUGUAUUAGUGCACUACACACCAUGACCUCUAACCCAGUGCCUGUGAAGAGGACCCCUGUUAACACACUUCCUCAGCUUUGUCCCGCUGUAUACCCAUAAAUCACACAUUUGGUUUGUUUUUCUGUAGAGUUUUAUUUAGUUUGUUAAUUUUGAGUUUUGUUAAGUCUCAGAGCCUUGUGUAUGUUUGUCACUCUUUUCCCCAUUUUCAACUUAUCAUGUUUAUGGUUAAUUACACAUUUUCAUGCAGCGUUAAUUAUGAUCUAAAAGCCUGAAGCUUCUUGUCUGAAGAUUUAAUCUCUGGCCUGAAAUUGACUGGACUAUAUGAAAUGUACAGAUUAUGAUGAUAAUUUAUUAUGUUGAUUUUUGUUACCUUUCUAAGCAAUCCCUUUGUAAAUACAUUUACACAAACCUCAAUUCAAAAUGUUGUGUGCGUAUCUGUAUAUGUACGAUUGUUUGAUUAUUGGUGAUAUUUGGUUUUUAACCUAUAGGAAUUCUUGAUGGUCUAAAAUAUUAAAUAAAAUGUUUACUUUUGUAGGGUGAGGGUUUGGCCUAAACCUAAAAAUUGUUGCUCCACAUACUGGUUACACAAUUCCCCUUGCCGGGAGCCCCCUCCCUUUUGUAGGGAAAUUAAUUGAGCACAGAUUCAUGUGAAUUCAGGAAAAGCAAUUAAAUAAAAUUAAAUAUAUUGUCUGUUGUAAUUUGGCACUUGAACCUGCAAUUCAGGCCUGCUACACAUUUUAAAACAGGUUAGGGUAGUAAUGGAUUUACCAGUUUGUUAUUUUGCCAUUCCCUCUCACACUUAAGACAUUUUGGCACGGAGGAAACGGAUUAAAUAUUGCAGGUGUUAUUUUGUCGUGUUCUUGCUGAAAACACAUCUUAAUGUCCAGCAGCAUAAGAUUGUUGUCACCAAAAGUUUGUUCACAUUCUCUGUUGUGGGCAUGUUAGGCCUGUCCAGCACCCAUACCCUCUAUUCAGCUGCUUCCUAAUACUAGCACAUCAAAAACAAAUUAAUAUUGUGAAAAGAUUAAUUCAUAAUCUUUUAAACAAAUUACUAUUACUAAAUAAAGUACUAUUACAAAUUA